AUGGCGAUGAGGAAGAGCUUGACAUCUAAAGCUAGCAACAAGUUGGUGAUCACCUCAGUCGCCUUUCAGGAUCACAUCACACGCAGUCUGCGGCAUCCAAACUUCUCACUGUCUGACCCUUUGCUGAGAUGCAAAAGAAAAGCACCCAGAAAAGCACAAGCAGGAGGAAAAGGGGCAGAGAGGGGUCUGCAGAGAGAAGAUGGGCAAGAAGAGAGAGAAUAUGUGCUUGAUUCUGCUCCACCUUCUUUAACAUUAGCUCAGAAGUUGGGUUUGGUGGCCUCCCCUGCAGGGAGACUGACCGAGGACGAAUGGACGCAGGUCAAGAGCAGGUCUGUUCAGCAGGGGGAAUCAGCUCAGCCCUGUGCAAUAUGCAGGGAGGAGUUUUGCCUUCAGCCUCAGGUGUUGCUGUCUUGUUCCCACGUUUUCCACAGAGCAUGUUUGCAGGCCUUUGAGAGGUUUUCUGGGAGGAAGUGCUGCCCGAUAUGCAGAAAGGAGCCGUAUGAGACACGGGUGAUCCACGAUGCAGCUCGCCUCUUUAGACAACAGUGUGCCACCAGAAUUCAAGCAUGCUGGCGAGGCUACGUUGCCCGAAAAACGUACCGACAAUUGAGAAAAUCCAUCUGCCCAAAAGACAAACAUCUGCGACGCAAAUUCUUCGAAGCACAGUUGCAGGAGUUGAAUGACAGCUUUGUCCGAUACUGUCACACCGACACGGAGGCUUUUCUGAGUGAUAUCAACCGCUCAUUGUCAUCAAGCAGACGAGUGUUCCAGCAGCUGGAGAGAAAGAACGUCUCAGAACCUCAGGAGACAGACUGGGAUCGAAUACAGAGCCAGGUUAUCCAGAGAGAUGUCUGGGACUGCCCCAUCUGCCUGACUGCUUUGUGCAGCCAAAGCAUCCCAACAGAAGCAGCUACAUCCAACCAUCGUCAACGCAGACACGCCGUGCUUCUGUCCUGUUCCCAUCUCUUCCAUCAGCUCUGUCUAGAGGCCUUUGAGGCCUAUUCUACAGAGAGCCGACCUUCCUGUCCCCUGUGUAGAUCUGUCUACCACAAAAAAAUCAUCUAACCGGGUACAAAUUUAUGCAAGAUGCCAUUUUAGAUCAUCACCUGCAGUAAGUUUUGUAAACUCAUUUCAUCUCAUGUCUGUGCAUUAACUAUGAAGCUGGAGCCAGGAGGCGUUUACCGUAGCUUAGCAUAAAGAUGGGAAGCAGGGCGAAACAGCUAGCUUGGCUCUCUCCAAAGUUCAAGUUUUGUGGGGAGGCAGUAGCUCAGUCCGUAAGGAUUAGGCUGGGAACCAGAGGGUUGCCGGACCAGAGUUGUGGAGCAUGGACUGGUAGCUGGAGAGGUGCCAGUUCACCUCCUGGGCACUACCAAAGGCGGCCUUGAACAAGCCCCUGAACCCCCAACUGCUUGGGACGCUGCACCAAGUGGCAGCCCGUCACUCUGACAUGUCUCCGUGUGUUGUUGCAUGUGCAUGUGUGUGUAUUUCAGACCUGUGUGUGUGUGUGUGUGUGUGUGUGUGUGUGUGUGUGUGUGUGUGUAUACUAGUAACACCAGAGUGAGAACAUUGAAUUUCCCCCUGUGGGAUUAAUAAAGUAUGUCUUCUUCUUCAAAGUUCUGAAGCUCACUAAUUGAAUGACACAUUAUAUUUCAUUUGUUUAAUUUGUACAUAAAAGGAAAUGUGUACAUGACAGUUUUUGGUUUUAUGGGAGUUCUAUGCUGUAAUUAUUUAUUGCUAAACAGUGGCCAAGAGCAGUAACUCCCUGCAGUCUUGUCACCAGGAGAUUGCCAGACAACCAGCAGAGACUGUGGAAAGUCACUGCCUUGAGUCGCUGAUUAGUACUUAGGGGAGUUUUUGUAACACUUUUUCCUUCAGCAGUUAUAGCUCGCUGAAUUUUGUAGCUAGUUCUCAAAUUUUUAUACAAAGUACUCACAUUUGUUCAGUACAAAUGACACCAAUUCAGUCCUCUACAAGAAUAUCACAGACCUCGUGAGUUGAUUUAAAAUGCAUUGUGCUCCCUUGUUACAACCUACCCCACUACCGGGGUGUACAUCCUUAGGUCUAACUAAAAAGCUGUGUGUGUGAUUGUGUGUAUAGUCUUAAACAGAUUCACAGUCAGUGCUUGAAGUGGGCCAGUAGCCUACUCAUCGGUAUGCAGUACCGACAAUUCUAUACUUCAGUCUUUGGCGUACCGGGUCUUUUUCUUGCACACCGGCACUUCUCACAAGCUGCCUGUACGCUUUUCUGACUUCUCCACCGGUGGAGACUGAGUACGGAAAAGAUCGAGUGCCGAUACACAUGCCAGCAUGUGAACAACAUGUGAAUGGGGAGCACUGGUCACAGAGCUGACAAAUGAAUGCUAGUAACCUUGGAGUGCAGGCUUGGCGGGCCACAUGUCAGACUGCAAAUAUUAAAAUCAAGAACGGCCCUAGUUUUAUGUAUAGUGGAUGUGGAAGUGUUACAACCCACCAACAUGUUUAAGGGGGCAUGGUACUUCUGUCAGCCAU